GUUUUCCUUUACGCUUCUUUGCCAGGUUCAUUCUUAUCGAUCGGGUUGCAAUUAUAGUAUUUUUUUAUUUCCCACAUACACCAAUCCUUGGCUCGUCGAUUAACGUUGAUUAUCGAUGUCGUCAGUAGCCCCCAAAGCCUUCCCGAAGACCCUUCACCAGUUCCGCAAUUUUACCUAUAUCAUGGUCGCCUGGUACGGUUUUAUGAAGGGUUACAAAGAAAGGGAAGAAAACAAUGCCGCCUGGAAAGCGCACCGGGAUAAGAUACGGCAGCAGAACUUCGAGCGCUCGCAAGCGGCUGGCAGCAAUUACGCAUCAUCGCAAGGGCGCGGCAUUUCAGGUGAUCAGGUACCAUCGGGAAUUCCAAAGAGCCUCCAUGAGGUAUACCACGCUGUGGCGAAGAGCAUGGGAUGAAAAACAUGGUAGAGGCGUGUAUCGGAGGAGAAGUGGGGGUAGUGAAAAUCGGUAAAUAGAGGAAUAAUAGUGAAAAAAGGCAGGCCAGAAGGCUGAUGGCAUUGCCAAUGAUUUAUUAUCGCCCAUGCGGUAAUUUCCGCAUUCAAAACAUGCUCGUGCACACCCUGAAAGCUGAACACACGUCGAUACAUUUUAGGCAUAGAGUAACAAUGCACGGAAUAUGGUGAAAUUGGAUGUCUCAGGGAUAGGAGGUAGAUUCUUUACUUUUGUAUGUUUUUUUGCUCUUAAACAAGGGAAUGAAACUAUUCAGAAGGGAAAGCAGCAGGAGUGUUAUAUUUUUACAUCUU